UACGGAAGAGUGAACUUUUCAUGUGCUGCAGUCAGCUACUUUCUGAGCGCAACCCCCUAUCCUUUCAGUAUGCAGACGGCUCGGAAUGGCUACUGACGCCAGCACGCUUGAGGAGCUACAUAGCGAGCUCACCUGUCCAGUGUGCCUCGAGCUCUUCCGUGAGCCGGUGAUCCUCGAGUGCGGACACCACUUCUGUCGCGUGUGCAUUACGCAGUGCUGGGAGGCCAAGUACGAUGAACACCCGACCUGCCCGAAGUGCCGAAAGACAUGCGCUCCGAAGCUGCGCCCCAACUCGCUUCUGUGUAACGUCGUGGACAGCGUGAGGAGAGCUCGAGACAUAGAUGGGAAACCCGGAGACCAGGAGAGCUCACAGGAGGAUACUGAAGAACGGCAACGGGGGGGCAUUAUGCCCAGCUCCGGGUUCAGUUUCACCGAUUUCUGUCCUCGCCUCGAGUCAGACCGGUGUGAGGAGCACGAGGAGAAGUUGAAGCUAUUCUGUGAGGAUGAUCAGCUCGCGAUCUGCCUGGUGUGCGGGAUGUCCCGAGAUCACAAGACGCACAAUGUCAUCCCCAUCAACGAGGCGUUCGAGAACUACAAGGACAAGCUGUCCAUAGCCCUGGAGAGAGUAAUGAUCCAAACAGAACAGGCUUCUCUCUGUCAGGUCCAGACCAACAACAAGAUCAUGCUCAUCAAGGAGCGAGCUGGGGACAUAGAGGAGCAGGUGAGUGCAGAGUUUGGACGUCUGAGGGAGUUCCUUCUCCAGGAGGAGGAGAGAGUGAAGGAGAGUCUGCGGCGGGAGAAGGAAAAUAGGCUCAACCAGUUGGAGGAGGUCCUCAAACACACCACAGAGCAAAUUGGCCAGUUAGAGCAAACUGCCGACCAGCUCCGCGUCAAACUCCGAGAGAAUGAGAACCCGGCACAACUCCGGGGAAUCAAGGAUUUUAUCAGAGGAGCGGAGAUUAUGUUUGAGCGACCCCCGGAGGUGUGUGUGGAUCUGCCGGAGGGGGAGUUCCUGGGACCACUGCAGUACCGCACCUGGAGGAGGAUGAGCGCUGUCCUUCAGCCAGGUGUGACAGCGGUGACUCUAAACCCAGACACCGCCUACCCCAGGCUGUGGAUGUCCACGUGCUGCACCCAAGUCAGUGUCGGGGACAUCCAGCCCAACCUGCCCAACAACCCUGAGCGCUUCACGCGCUACAACAUUGUCCUGGGAAGCCAAGCCCUCGCCUCAGGGCAACACUACUGGGUGGUUGAGGUGGGCACCAAGACGGCCUGGGGGCUGGGGGUGGCGGCCGCCUCGGUCAACAGGAAGGAUGAGAUUAGCCUGUGUCCUGACGACGGCUUCUGGACCCUGGUGUUAAGAGAGGGGCGGGGAGGGAGCGAGUACGAGGCCUGCACCAACCACGAGGAGAGCCUGUUGCACCCCCCUCGACCCCCCAGGAGGGUAGGGGUGUACCUUGACUACGGGAGGGGUGUGGUGGCGUUUUACGACGCAGGGGAUAUGAGUCACCUGUUCACCUUCUCCGACGCCACGUUCACAGAGCCGGUGUUCCCCUACUUCAACCCCUGGCCAAUCAUCAAAGGGAGAAACCGUGAGCCUCUUAUCAUUAUUAGCCCCGACCCGGAGGUAUGAGAGACCCGUUAAGAACUGUCAGAGAACACUGAGAACCAAAGACAAGAAAGUGGAACAAUGUAGAAAACGUGUGAGAGAAACUGCAAUGUCAUCAUCCUAUUCACUAACACUUGACUAUUGUUCACGGUUUUGUCGUUUAUGAACAUUUCCUGUAAAUAUGCUUCCAUGGAAUAUGUGGGUGUUUUGUGUUUAAAGAGAGCACAUGCCAGAGGACUCUGAAGGAAGCCACAUGGAAAAGCGAAUUGAAAAGCACCUUAAACAUGACAUUCUUUCCCUUACAAAUGGACAUGGCCAAAGACUGAAAUUACAAUUUCCUACUAUAUUUAUCUAAAGUGUGUAUAUAGUAAGAUGACAGUGUUUUACAGUGUAUUUUACAUUUUAAUAGUGGAGUAUAUACAUGGGCAAAUCAGAUCACGCCUCCAUUCUGCUCCUCCAGGAAGCAGGAAGCACCCCUUGGUAAGGUCUGUUGGUGUGACCAAUCAGAAUCUAUGCUUCUAGAUUGUUUUGAUCACGCAGACUGGAAAAUGUCCCCGGUCGCCUUUGAGAAUAGUAUCGACGUAUACACAUCGGUGACUGGCUUCAUCAGAAUGUGCAUUAAGGAUGUUGUUCCCACUGUGACGAUUGGAACUUAUCCAAACCAAAACCGUGGAUAGAUGGCAGCAAUCGCACAAAACUGAAAGGCGCGAACCACCGCAUUUAACCACGAAAAGGUGACUGGGAACAUGGACGUGUAUUAAGAGACCAGCUGUGGUUGCAAUUCAACAGCUCAAACAUGAGAUGAUAAUCACAAAUGACAAAGGGAAAGCCAGCCAUGUCGCCGACACCGACAUACCCGCCUUCGGACAAGCGGAACACCUUCGCCCGCUUCCAGGACAACAACAUCGAGCCACCGACGCAGGCCCUUGACGCUCGCGGGGACUGUGUGCUCUCGUUUCUCCGUGCGUAAGACAUUUAAGCGUUGCCGGCCCAGGUUGCCGGCCCAGACGGCAUCCCAAGCCGCGUCCUCAGAGCACUGGCUGGAGUGUUAACGGACAUAUUACAUCUCUCCAUAUCCCAGUCUCUUGUCUCUACUCUCUUCAAGAUGUCCACCCUUGUUCCUGUACCCAAGAAAGCGAAGGUAACUGAACUAAUUAAAUGACUGUCGCCCCGGAGCACUCACUUCUGUCAUUGUGAAAUGCUUUGAGGGGCUGGGUAAGGAUCAUAUCACCUUACCCGGCACCGUAGACCCACUACAAUUAGCAUACAGCCCCAACAGGUCGACGGACGACGCAAUCGCCAUUAUACUGCAUACAGCCCUGGACGAGAGAAAUACCUAUGUAAGAAGGCUGUUCAUCGACUACAGCUCAGGCUUCAACAUCAUAAUGCCCUCCAAGCUCAUUACUAAGCUCAGGGCCCUGGGUCCCGCCCGUGCAAUUGGAUCCUGGACUUCCUGACGGGCCGACCCCCAGGUGCUGAAGGACACUGAAGAAAUUCAGCUUGGCCCCAAAGACCCUCAAGAACUUCUACAGAUGCAUAGUACUGUACUACCCGCAACCGCAGGGCUCUCUAGAGGGUGAUGCAGACAACCCAGCACAUCACCAGGGUUCACACUGCCUGCCCUCCGGGACAUCUACAGCACCAGAUGUCACCAAGAAGGCCAAGAAGAUCAUCGAGGACCUCCGCCACCUGAGCCACAGCCUGUUCACCCCACUGCCAUCUAGAAGGUGGAGACUGUACAGGUGGAUUAAAGCUGGGACCGAGAGACUGGUAAACAGCUUUUAUCUCCAGGCCAUCAGACUGUUAAACAGUCACCAUUAGCCUUAGACACUGUUCUAGUCAACUACCACCCGGUAUUCCACCCUGCACCUUGGAGACUGCUGCCCUAUGUACAUAGUCAUUCAACACUGGUCCCUUUAAUAAUGUUUUCAUACUGUUUAACCCACUUUAUAUGUAUAUACUGUAUAUUCUAGUCAUGGCUCAUCCUGUAUAACUACUUCUGUACACACCUUUUCUAUUCAUAUAGUGUCCAUACAGUCAAUACACACCAUUAUAUACAGUAUAGACACACCAGGCCCACCCAUGGCUGCUCCCCUGCCCAGUCAUGUGAAAUCCAUAGAUUAGGACCUAAUUUGCCUAUAUGAACUGUAACUCAGCAACAUUUUUGAAAUUGUUGCAUGUUGCAUUUAUAUUUUUGUUCAGCAUACAUGUAAAGUGGGUUGAACAGUUUGUAAAUAUUAUUAAAGUGACCAAUGUUCAAUGACUCUUUGUACAUAGGGCAGCCGUCUCUAAGGUGCAGGGUAGAGUACCGGAUGGUAGCCAGCUAAUAACAGUGUCUUAGGUUCAUGGCAGGGCCCUGGGCCGGAGGCUGGCUAGUGAUGACUGACAACGUUGGCUAGGAGCGAGUAACAGGGUGACUGUGUCUGUCGGCGUCAUCUUUUGUGUCAUCUAUAAUAAAAAUGUGUUGCAUUACCUCCA